UCCCUGCCUAACCUCCACACACCUGCACCAAUGAACGUCCCUCCCACCUCUGCAUUUUCUUGGGCAAGAGGAGGGGGAAGUGCGGCUCUGGUUGGGUCCCGGCCUUGUCAGUCACCGCUGCUGGUUUCCGGGUUUAGAAGCAUCGUAGGAGCAUGAGGCGGGUCACCCUGUUCGUCAAUGGCACCCCCAAGAAUGGGAAGGUGGUGGCUGUUUAUGGAACAUUAUCAGAUUUGCUGUCUGUUGCUAGCAAUAAGCUUGGAAUAAAAGCAACCAGCGUGUACAAUGGGAAGGGUGGACUCAUUGAUGAUAUUUCUUUGAUUAGGGAUGAUGAUGUUUUGUUUGUUUGUGAAGGGGAACCAUUCAUUGAUCCUCAGACCGAUGUAAAACUUCACGAAGAACUAACAGGGUCGCACACAGAUUGGUUAACACUAAAUGUUGGAGGCCGUUACUUUACAACUACACGGAGUACUUUAGUUAAUAAAGAGCCUGACAGUAUGCUGGCCCGUAUGUUUAAAGGUAAAGAUGUCUGGGGAAAUAAGCAGGAUCACAGGGGAGCAUUCCUAAUCGAUCGCAGUCCAGAAUACUUCGAACCAAUUCUAAACUAUUUGCGUCAUGGACAGCUCAUUGUAAACGAUGGCGUUAAUUUGCGAGGUGUCUUGGAGGAAGCCAGAUUUUUUGGCAUUGAUUCAUUGAUUGAACAUCUGGAAGUAGCUAUAAAGAAUUCUCAGCCAGCAGAGGAUCAUUCUCCUAUAUCCCGGAAGGAAUUUGUCCGAUUUCUGCUGGCAACCCCAACUAAGUCGGAACUGCGCUGUCAGGGUCUAAAUUUCAGUGGUGCAGAUCUCUCUCGGUUAGAUCUUCGAUACAUCAACUUCAAGAUGGCUAACUUAAGCGGCUGCAACCUUGCCCAUGCCAACCUUUGCUGUGCAAAUCUUGAACGGGCUGACCUCUCUGGAUCAGUGCUUGAUUGUGCAAACCUCCAAGGUGUAAAGAUGCUCUGUUCCAAUGCAGAAGGGGCAUCACUGAAAGGAUGUAAUUUUGAGGAUCCCUCAGGCCUUAAAGCUAACCUGGAAGGUGCUAACCUGAAAGGUGUUGACAUGGAAGGAAGUCAGAUGACAGGAAUUAAUCUAAGAGUUGCAACUUUGAAAAAUGCAAAGCUAAAAAACUGUAACCUCAGAGGAGCAACUCUGGCAGGAACUGACUUAGAAAAUUGUGACUUAUCAGGCUGUGAUCUACAGGAAGCUAACUUGAGAGGCUCUAACGUAAAAGGAGCUAUCUUUGAAGAGAUGCUGACACCUUUACACAUGUCUCAGAGUGUCAGAUAGGGUCUGGGACAGUUGACUGGAAUAAUACAUGCUGAAGAGGAAGAAAUGAAAACACUUAUUAUGACUGUCUUUCUCCACCCACUCCUUUUAUAAUCUAGACAUACCAUUUAUUAGACAAUUUAUAUCCAUAGUGCCUAAGGAAACACCUCUGAUCACUUUUUUAUGAAUGUCGUUGGGGAAGUGGGCUGGUUUUAGAACCAGGAAUGUUUGGUUUUCAAAUAGGAUUGUUUUAGCAUCACCUCAUUUGGAAUGCAUUUUUAGGAUUUUAAUUUAAAAAGCACAAUAUAUGCAAUUAUAUUUAUUACAUUUAUAGCUGCAAUAUAAAUAUAUGAAAUGUUAAACAUAUACAGUAGCAGAAAUGGUCAGGUUUACAAUUAGUAUUAGCAUAUCUACAGGUUUUUUUAUUUAUGCACAGUGUAUUAAAGGAUAAAUGUGUUUGGGACUGGGUUCCCAAUAUAUCUUUUCAGGUACUUUCUUUUUUUGGGGAAAACAAAACACCAUUUCACUAAAUUAUCACAGGUAAUAUUACCCUGUAGUAGCUUGAAUGCAAGUAUGCAGAGGCUCGGCCAACUUCUGAAAUAUACAUUGUAAGCAUCCUUGCCUCUAUAUCUUCACUAAAAAAAUGCACAGCAGAGCAUUGUUAUAAUUAUAACUUUAAAUAAGCAUGUUCCAAGACACAAACUACUUAUUUAGCUGAUUCAACAUUAGUGGAAAGUGCUGAUAAGUGAAAUUCUCUCUAGCUUAUGUGUGUCCCUUUCAGCACCAAGCAUAAGUGCAUGUGUUUGGGGAAGUGGGUUGUUUUUUUUUUGGUUGGUUUGUUUUUAAACAGGAAGUUAAGUGUGGAUCAGGAAAAGAAAGAUAGAGUUGACUCCUCCAGAAAGGUAAACAGAGGGGCUGUGUCUAGCCUGGCCACUUUUUCCGGAAAAACUUGCCAGCUGUUUACACUGGCCGCUUGAAUUUUCGCAAAAGCAAUGACGAUCUCACGUAAGAUUGUCAGUGCUUUU